AACAUAACUAUAAUGUUAUCAAAUAAAGAUUGUUGGUUUGAAUGGUCGUUGACAUGUCCUCUUUCACUCAACCACUACUCCUCCCUUAUCCAUCUUCUAUCCACACCCCCAAUAAACACCAUUCUCCACCCACCUCUUCCUCCGCCAUCACCACCACCACCACCACCACCACCACCGUCGCCGCAGAACCACGUUUACCUUCCGAAUGGGUCAGUCACCUUCGCUCCCAAACCCAAUCCUCCUCCACCUUCCACCAGGCCAUCUCCACAUACACCAACAUGGUCACCGCCGGCGUCCCUCCUGACAAUUUCGCUUUCCCCGCCGUCCUCAAAGCAACCGCCGGCAUCCAAGACCUUAACCUCGGCAAACAACUCCAUGCCCAUGUCUUCAAAUUCGGACAAGCUCUCCCUACUGCUGUCCCUAACUCCCUCGUUAACAUGUACGGUAAAUGCGGUGAUAUCGACGCUGCACGCCGUGUGUUUGAUGAAAUAACCAACCGUGAUGAUGUCUCAUGGAACUCCAUGAUCAACGCAGCAUGUCGGUUUGAGGAAUGGGAGCUGGCAGUUCAUCUUUUCCGGUUAAUGUUGUUGGAGAAUGUGGGACCUACUUCGUUUACAUUGGUUAGUGUAGCUCAUGCUUGUUCAAAUCUAAUUAAUGGGUUGUUACUUGGGAAGCAAGUUCAUGCUUUUGUGUUGAGGAAUGGUGAUUGGAGAACUUUUACUAACAAUGCUUUGGUUACAAUGUAUGCUAAGUUAGGUAGAGUUUAUGAAGCUAAGACUUUGUUUGAUGUGUUUGAUGACAAAGAUUUGGUUUCAUGGAACACAAUUAUUAGUUCACUUUCUCAAAAUGAUAGGUUUGAGGAAGCUUUGUUGUAUUUACAUGUUAUGCUUCAAAGUGGUGUUAGGCCGAAUGGUGUUACCUUAGCUAGUGUUUUGCCUGCAUGUUCUCAUUUAGAGAUGUUGGGUUGUGGAAAAGAGAUACAUGCUUUUGUAUUGAUGAACAAUGAUUUGAUUGAGAAUUCUUUUGUUGGUUGUGCUUUGGUUGACAUGUACUGUAAUUGUAAGCAACCUGAAAAGGGUAGGUUGGUUUUUGAUGGGAUGUUUAGGAGGACAAUUGCAGUUUGGAAUGCUAUGAUUGCUGGUUAUGUGCGCAAUGAGUUUGAUUAUGAGGCUAUUGAGCUUUUUGUUGAGAUGGUUUUUGAGUUGGGUUUGAGUCCGAAUUCCGUGACUUUAUCGAGUGUUUUGCCUGCUUGUGUGCGGUGCGAAUCGUUUUUGGACAAAGAAGGGAUCCAUAGUUGUGUAGUGAAAUGGGGUUUUGAGAAGGAUAAGUAUGUGCAAAAUGCACUAAUGGACAUGUAUUCCAGAAUGGGAAGGAUAGAGAUUGCAAGGAGUAUAUUUGGAAGCAUGAAUAGGAAAGAUAUAGUUUCUUGGAACACAAUGAUUACUGGUUAUGUUGUUUGUGGUCGCCACGAUGAUGCACUUAAUCUUCUGCAUGACAUGCAGAGAGGUCAAGCAGAACACAGGAUUAACACAUUUGAUGAUUAUGAGGAUAACAAAAACUUUCCCCUUAAGCCGAAUUCUGUGACUCUAAUGACUGUGCUUCCUGGCUGUGCCGCUUUGGCAGCACUUGGAAAAGGUAAGGAAAUUCAUGCUUAUGCUGUUAAACAAAUGCUAUCAAAGGAUGUUGCUGUUGGAAGUGCACUAGUUGACAUGUAUGCAAAAUGUGGUUGCUUGAACUUAUCUAGGACAGUAUUUGAGCAAAUGUCUGUAAGAAAUGUUAUUACUUGGAAUGUUCUUAUCAUGGCUUAUGGGAUGCAUGGGAAAGGGGAAGAGGCUUUGAAGCUUUUUAGAAGAAUGGUGGAAGAAGGAGACAACAAUAGGGAAAUAAGGCCUAAUGAAGUAACUUAUAUUGCUAUUUUUGCUUCUCUUAGUCACUCUGGUAUGGUUGAUGAAGGCCUUAAUUUAUUCUAUACAAUGAAAGCUAAACAUGGGAUUGAACCCACAUCCGACCAUUAUGCUUGUCUUGUGGACUUGCUUGGCCGAUCAGGCCAGAUCGAAGAGGCCUAUAAUCUUAUCAAGACAAUGCCAUCCAAUAUGAAGAAAGUAGAUGCAUGGAGCAGCUUGCUUGGUGCCUGCAAGAUCCACCAAAAUUUAGAAAUUGGUGAAAUUGCAGCAAAGAACCUAUUUGUCUUGGACCCAAAUGUGGCUAGCUAUUAUGUUCUACUGUCUAACAUUUACUCUUCAGCUGGACUAUGGGACCAAGCAAUCGAUGUUAGGAAGAAAAUGAAGGAAAAGGGAGUAAGAAAAGAACCUGGAUGUAGUUGGAUUGAACAUGGCGAUGAGGUUCACAAGUUUUUGGCAGGGGAUGUUUCACAUCCACAAAGUAAAGAGGUCCAUGAAUAUCUUGAAACUCUGUCAUUAAGAAUGAAAAAAGAGGGAUAUGUACCUGAUACUUCUUGUGUACUUCACAAUGUCGGCGAGGAAGAGAAAGAAACUAUGCUUUGUGGGCAUAGUGAGAGAUUGGCAAUAGCUUUUGGCCUUUUAAAUACUUCUCCUGGUACUACCAUUAGAGUUGCUAAAAAUCUUAGGGUCUGCAAUGACUGUCAUGUUGCCACUAAAUUCAUAUCAAAGAUUGUGGAUAGGGAAAUCAUUCUUAGAGAUGUUAGAAGAUUCCAUCAUUUCAGAAAUGGAACUUGCUCUUGUGGGGACUAUUGGUAAAAAGUCAAUAGUAAAAAGUUCAUUUUUUCUAAAUAAUUCAUCUAACCCCCUCCUCCUCCCUCUAUUUCUCUUUCCCAUCUACCUUCUUUUCUCUUCUCCUUCAUGGAUUCAUGGACGAGAAGUGUACCAUUGCAACUUUAUUGUUGCACGAUUUGGAUAACUAAGAAUGUGUAUAGAUUCUCAUGUUGUUUCUGUUGAAAUCCUUGCUAAGUUGUCGUUUUCUUAGUUGUUUA